AUGUCCUCCCUGUUUUGUUGUGGCUCUGUGAAGCCUUAUCGCCCUCAAAUUCUCCAGCACGAACAGAAGUUCAGAGUAUUCAUGGCUUGGGCCAAGUUUCCCCAGGAGUCCUCUUUAUCUACCGACGAUGGCGCUGAAAAGACCGACCUGGUUGCGCUGAAGCCGCCGUACUCCAUCCAGCUAGUUCGGCAGGUCAACUAUGGCCCCCUUGAGAGUAAAAGGUACUUUAUUCCGGUCGAGGGCAGCGAGAAUGAGUUCGCCGAGGUAGUCGAGGAUGAUUUGAUUCAGGCCAACUUCAAAAAGUUGAACUCGAGCAAUCCCUUCUGGCGUGUCCAAGUUAUUUCCGUCAUCCAGCUGCCCCUUUUGGCUGGUUCCUUUGUUACCAUCACACUUGACCUUCUCAUCUCAACAUUGCUCGUGGCCCGUCAACCUCCAAAACAUCUCCCCGACACAAUGCUUUUAAAGGGUGCUGUACCCACCCUGCCCCUCCGGAGUGGAUUGCAAACUACAGCAGGGGUCAAUUUUUGCUUCACAGUGGCACGACGCUUCUCGACACAACACAAACCCCGCAAGUUAUUACCAGUCACUGCCACCGGUAUCCUGAGCAGCUCCCCUGGUGCUCCCCGAUUGCGUGUAUCCCCCGGGCCAACCCAAUUCCAAUCCGCCAUGACGACGGCACCAACCAAGACCAGCGACAGCGACUGGUCACCCGACCAAUACCUCCUCUUCCGCGACGCGCGCAACCGCCCCAUCCACGACCUCCUGCACUUCCUCGGACCCGACUACUCCCCCAGCAGCAUAAUCGACCUGGGCUGCGGGCCGGGCAACAGCACCGAAAUCCUCACCACCCGCUUCCCCACCGCCACCAUCACCGGCGUCGACUCCUCCCCGGCCAUGCUCACCCAAGCCCGCCACACCCUCCCCACCACCCCCUUCACCCUCGCCGACCUGCACACCUACACCCCACCCCCGCACACCGACCUCCUCUUCUCCAACGCCGUCUUCCACUGGCUGCGCCACGCCGACCGCAUCCCCACCCUCGCCCGCCUCCUGCGCACCCAGCGCCCCGGCACGGGCGUCCUCGCCUUCCAAGUCCCCGACAACCACGCGGAACCCUCCCACCGCGCCAUGCGCGAGACCGCCGCCGCCCCGGGGCCCUGGCAGCCCUACUUCAACAAGCUUGACGCGGGCGAGCGCCCCGACCUCGACCCCAUCGAGUCGCCGCUGGUGUACUACGACGCGCUGAGGCCGCUGUGUCGCGCGGUCGAGACGUGGACGACGCGCUAUGUGCAUGUGCUGGGGGAGGGGCAUGCCGGGAUUGUGGAGUGGGUCAGGGGGACGGGGCUGCAGCCGUUUUUGGCGGUGUUGCCGGGGAAUGGGGAGGGGGAGGGAGGGGGGGUGAGGGAGGCUUUUUUGGAGGAGUAUAGGCGCAGGUUAGAGAGGGAGUAUCCCGUGACGGCGGACGGGUGCGUGUUGUUGGAGUAUCCGAGGAGGUUUGUUGUGGCGUUUCGGUGA